UUCCUCAUCAGUGCGGACUGCAGACAGGCUUUUCCGGUCAUUCCGUGCGUCCCGAUGAUCGCUGUUGCUGCUGCUGCUGCUGUGAUGAAGAGGAUGAGACUGUCUUGUGGCGGAUCAUCUGACAGACCGGACUGCUGAAGGCUCCCACUCGUUUCUCCUCGGAUCUUAUUAGACACCGGCGAAAGAGACCUGGCUGCUGCAGUGCACCCCAGGGUGCAUUAGAGCUGUGGUUCCCAACCUUUUUCCUUAAGGGACCCCUUUUCUAUCGAGCUUCAUGAGUCUCCACCUUGAAGACUAGAACACAUCCAGACUGCUGUAGUGUCCUGACAUGAUGGGGGGGUCACUCUGGAUUUCCCAUGGUGCCUCUGAAGCGGUGUUUAGAGGAAGGAGCUUCAUCACUGUUCUACCUCUGGCCUUAUUGUUGCCAACAGUGAGAGUCAGUGCACAGUUCAUAGCAAGUCCUCUGGACUGCCAAAAGACCUGUGUGUGUGCCAGCAACAUCGUCAGCUGUUCCAAGAUUAAUCUAACCAACGUCCCCAUCGCUCUUCCACCAUAUACAGCUGUUUUGGACCUGAGCUUUAACGACAUCACCAAGCUACGUGCUGAGUGGACCCCUGCCGCUCUUACCCGACUACACACCCUGUUGCUCAGCCAUAACGGCCUCACCUUUCUCUCCUCUGAGGCGUUUGUUUAUGUGACAAAGCUGCGUUACCUGGACCUUUCCUCUAAUGGGCUCCGCCUGCUGGAUGAGUUCAUUUUUGAGCCGCUGGAGCACCUGGAGGUGCUGCUGCUUUAUAACAACCGCAUCUCUCAGAUAGACCGCUCUGCCUUCUCUGGCCUCGUCAACCUGCAGAGGCUCUACCUUAGCCAGAACAUGAUCACACGCUUCCCCUUGGAGCUGGUGAGGGAGCGGAGCCGGCUUGAAACUCUUAGACUGCUGGAUGUGUCCUCCAACCGAAUCAAAGCCCUGCCACUCCAUGAGCUUCAGGCUCUGCCCGCCUGGAUCAAGAAUGGCCUGUACUUCCACAACAACUCACUGCCCUGCAGCUGUGAGGUGCAUGAAAUGGUGGCACGCUGGCACCUCAAGGAGCUCAGCUCUGUCAUGGACUUCAAGGACAGCCACACUUGUGUGUUACCAGGCCCACAGAAAGAGAGAAUGGCUAUACUGGACCUGGACAAGGUCUAUUUGAACUGCAGUGAGGUGAAAAUUUUGGACAAAGAAGCCUAUCUGGAGCAGUUCCUGGUACUGGACUGUGACACCAGGCAGAAGGACAUGAAAAAGUGUUGGGUGCUGCCUGGAAACAUCCCAGUGUCUCCACUAGACAAGACAUUUGUGGUGCGUCCUGAUGACAGCCUUCAGAUUGGCCCUCUGAAGGCAGAGGACUCGGGGGUCUACACCUGCUAUGCCAACAGUGACUCCCUCAAUGAGACAAUAUAUGUUACUGUAAUGGUGUUUAAUUCCACCAAGAGUGGUGGACUGGAGAACCUAAAGACGGCCUACACCACCCUUGUAGCAUGUCUGAUCAGUAUAGUUAUGAUUCUCAUCUACCUCUACCUCACACCCUGCCAAUGCGCUUGUUGUCCAGGUCAGGGCCUGACAAAAAGCGACGCUGGAGACAGCCUCCACUCCUCGACCGUUAGCAUCUCUCAGGCACACGAAGAGAUGGGGCAAGAACAAGUGGAAGGCGGAGGCUUCGCCUACAGACAUGCGGCCUUCCUGCAACACAAGGAGCAGCUGGAGCAGAACGGGAGGUUGAACCCAAUAGGUGAGGAAGAUGAGGAGUGGCAGGGGGAUAACACGGAGAGAAGGAGGUCUAACGCAGAGUCUGUCAGCUCUGUGUGUUCCGAUACCCCCAUGGUGGUGUAACAGUCAGUGCAUGGCCUGCAGGAUUAGAUAGUGAUAGCUCGACUCACGUGGAUGCACCACAGGGAUUUCUAUGCUUUGAACAUGCAAGAUUCAGAAGGUAAAGCAUUAGUGGGCUCUCACAGCUGGCGGCACUGUUACAGUAGCGUGUACAGUGAGUAGAUAAAAAAUAAAAUAGAGCAACGUCUUGAUUAAAAAUCACCCCAAAACAUGUCGAGAAAUGUGGUUAAAAUGAAUUGUGAGCUAAUAUAUUUUGAUGAAUGCAUUUAUUCUAUGACUUUACUUAAUUUGUCUUUUUAAAAAUGCUUUUAAUGCUCCUAUUAAUUCAAUAAUUUCACUAUUACUGCACAUUAUUGGCUGGAUCUGCAAAAAUAACUGCUAUGCAAGUAAGAACAUACAAAUUUAAAAUAUAUUUUUAGCUUUUUUUUAUGGAAGUCCCUAAAAAAAUUAAGACAUACUAACUCCUAGCACUAAUUACUCAGAGACAACAAACAGCAUGAAUGCCGCUUGCAUCUAAACAUCCUGAGACCGCACUUUAAAUAAAAGUUAUCCAGCUUUUUUAUGCAGUCGGGAUGAAGGCACUACAAAGAUUCAAGUUUCAGUGAUGUUGGACAAACGUUGGUGCUUGAAAGAGAAGCUACUUUUUAUGCAGAGCUUGCAGAGCUCACCUAAUUAUCACUGCGAGAUGUUUAAUAUUAAUGCCGUGUUUUACAUUCCUGUUUGGUUUUGUCGGCCUUUAGAGGACACAAUACUGUAAGGAUUACUCUUAUGCAAUUUUAUCCUUUCAUGUUAUUUUAGAUUUGAGGGUGAUUUAUGCUCAGUUAAUAAUAUAUGUGUUUGCAGUAAGUGACCUUCUGUUGAAGUGUUUUUUUAAAUACUGCUUGGUAUGCAAGUCUAUUUUAAGUCAUGUUUGCUUCAGCGUAAUUACAGAAUCAUUAAACCAGCCUGUUGUAAUACAUCGUACUUUUACUGUAAUUCACUUUACUCAGAAAUCAUAAUUUCUAUUAAAUUUUGUUUGAUUUGUUUCUCCAUAACAAGACACACAUCAUGACAAAAGGUUUUCACUGGAGGACAUCCAGUGUGGUGGCAGUUAUUAAAGGUAUACUAUGCAGGGAUUUACCAAACAGACCUAUACAAAAGUAAUCCCUCUCAGACAUCACAUAUGACCUAUACGAGAUGUGUGGUGGUGUUUUUUUCUGCAGAGACUCUGCCCUCUGACUUAUUUUGCUGUGUUCAGGACGUCUCUGGACACAGCAUGCAGGUGAGGUCAGGACGUUUUACAAGGUAUAAAUCAGGUGCCAGACUGUGAGCAGCACACAUUAAAGAGGAAGCUACAAAAAUAUCAGGACCAGGGCCAAUAAAAUGCAAAUAUUGUGAGUCAAAACACCAACCAAAGUGGAUCUGGGGUUGGUUCUUUGUUUCUCUUUUGCUGGCGAUACUGUUGCUGUAGUGGCAUUCCCUCUGAAUAUCAAAAACGCCACAAAUGAGCUGUCGGCAGAGUAACUUAAGUCUGACAGCUUAAAAUGUUUACUUACAAAGUUGAAAUUACACUUAGUCACACAGUAGAAAAACUACGUGCUCCCUUGCCCUCCACAUGAUGUAAAUUACAAAAUUAAAGGGAGCGUCGCCAUCAAAAUCAACAUACAUGUAUUUUAGUCUUUUGACAUUUUUAUACAAUGUCUGGAAACAAAUUCGGCAUGAUAUUUAAAUUAACUUAUAUUAUAUUUACACAGUGUGGCUCCUAUAGUUGCUGACAAUUCCUGCAUAGUAUACCUUUAAUGUAACACCGAUCACAUACACAUUGUACAUAUAACUGACUGAUGUCUAGUCUUUACAUAAACAUAAAUACAUCUACUGACUAUUAACAGAUAGUACAUGAUAUAUUGGUUUAAGAUGAGCCAGUUUCCACCCAGUAAUUGAACUGCAUGGUACAUUUUCAGCUGAUACUGCAGAAAAUAUUGAAAACAGAAACACCUUUUUAGUAAGAAUAAGUUCCAGUAUCUGUGUUUGACACAGACAUUGAUCUCCUUAUUGCAGCAUGUCUGCGUAUUCUAAAUACUUUAUGCCUUAUAUGCAUUCAUGCCAUUUUUAAACAGACAGAUAUAUCACAGCUGACAGCUCCCUGUCGUCAGUGUAGCCACUGCAGGUUUCAGCCUCAGUUAUUCAGUUUGAACUGUUUAGAAAGGGUUAAUCAUGUUCAAAAACACUAUAAAGCCAUUUCUAGUGUAGACUGGCUACAUGACAGCGUGGUCAAACUCCUAAAAUAAAAUACCUACUAUAUGCAGUAAAACAAUAUGCUCGGUGUCAGACUCAGUCUGCUAACAUAAAUGUACAUCCUGUCACAUUGGGCCGUUAAUAGCAGCCAGGAAGCAUCGCCCCGAGGGAAACAACUGAGAGCAAGUACCAUCCUCUGAAUGCUUCUGGGCAUUAGAGCCCAACCCUCAACAAAUCAGCAAAUGCCAGCCAGCAGUCUCAUAAACACAGUCAGAAAUAGCAGCUAGUAGUGCAGCCAGCAAACAGGCCGCCUGACGCUGAUGAAAUGUAAAUAUAGAAGUAGCUGUUUUCAACAAGUCUUAAUUUCAGUGACAUCGCUGGAAUACCUUCAAAUUGUUGAUUUUAGAAGCUUGCAAAUGCUGUUGUUCAGGCACACGAGGACGUGAAUCAGAACAAGUUAUGUUUUCACAAACUUUAAGUCACUGUCACUGAUGAAUUAUGAUCAUAGAAUAUAGUUUAAAGUAAUGCUACUAUUAAUAUAAACAUAGUUAUUCAUACUAAUAGAAUAAAAACAGUGGAGCAAAUGAAGAGCAGAACAGAUGACACAAGUAGCAAUGUACAGUGAAUAUACUUUUAUUCUGAAAUAACUACUAACCUGUGACUUUUCAUGGUGCUUUUUCAAGAUAGUUUAGGUGAAUCAACACCUGUGAAAAUUCUAGCUCUGAAAAUAUCCUGUCAGCGUGGUCUAAUAGCAUUAUAACCUAGCUACAUCAUGAGGAACUCCACUGAUGUGUAUCUCUCAAAGGGGCACAUACUGUCUACUGAAUGCUAAUGUUGUACAUAUUGUUUCAAAGUUAUAACCAAAGACUCCAUGCUGAGAAUAAAUAGCCUACAUGUUCAGUGUUUACAGUCAGCACAGUCAUGUUAUCAUUAGUCUGUUGAAGUUACCUUCUGUAUUUCUGUGUUACACCACAAACUUAUUAUAUGCAAUCCUGUAUAAGGACUUACUGCAUUUUAUUAUUUCCUGUAUUGUAUCUUGUCUGUUAUUGUAUUGUUCCUGUAUUUCAUAAACUGCAAAAA